CUUGAGUCACAAACCACGUUUUCGACCAGACCCUGGUUGUACUGCCAUAGUAUUGUUGCUUCGAAUUCCUUCUCGUCAUGGGCAAGAAAGAAACGAAAAUAAUUCUUGAUCAGAGCGAUGAUCAGUGUGUUGUGGAGCUGGAACCGCUGAAUCCGGAUCAGAGCAUUGACGAGAGCACAUGGAAAAGAAAUAGUAGACACGAAGAUGAUUCUAGUCUUGGCUCAAGCAGUUCAUCAGAUAACUGCCAAGAAUGUGAGUCAAAGCUGGGUCUUUUUUAUAAAGAAAACAAGUCAGUCAUCAAUGGAAUCCUUUCAGCUAUUCUCCUUUCCAUGUUCCUUGCCUACUUUGUCGUUGCCUGUUACCUGGAUUUUGACCGAGCAAGGGAUCUGUUCAUUGUCACCAUGGUCUCAAUGUUCUUCUUUCUCUACUAUAAAAUCAAAGGAUGUUGUGGUGAUUGGACAUACAAAUCUAUUUGUCUACCAAUGGCUACAUGCGUUCAGAAAAGAUGGAAAAUUUUGCGCUGGGUGUGGUAUGUGUCUCUUCUUGCUAUCAUUGGACUUAUAAUUGGAUUUGAUACAAUCAAGCAACCUAAACGUCUGGUUUCUGUUGCUGGUUUGCUGGUAUACAUUGGAAUCUGCUACUUUUGCUCAAAGUAUCGAAGACAGAUCAGAUGGAGACCUGUUCUUUGGGGUAUUGGUAUUCAGUUCACGCUUGGAUUUUUGGUUCUCAGAACAAGACCUGGAUUUUUGGUGUUUAAAUGGCUUGGUGACAGGGUAGCUCGGUUUUUGAGUUUCUCAGAUGCAGGAGCGAAGUUUGUGUUUGGUGACAACUUGUUGGAUCAUCCAUUUGCCUUUAAAGUUCUCCCGGUGGUUGUCUUCUUCAGUUCUGUUAUCUAUGUGACUUAUUAUCUUGGUGUGAUGCAAGCAGUCAUAACAAAGAUUGCAUGGCUGAUGCAGUGCACGUUAGGAACAUCUGCUGCUGAGUCACUGAACACUGCAGGAAACAUUUUUAUCGGGCAGACUGAGGCUCCAUUGUUGAUCCGUCCCUUUCUCCCUGAUUUGACCAUGUCAGAAUUGCAUGCAGUUAUGACUAGUGGGUUCGCAACGAUUGCUGGUUCAGUUCUUGGUGCUUAUAUCUCAUUUGGUGUACCAGCCACUCAUCUGUUAUCGGCCUGUGUUAUGAAUGCUCCAGCAGCACUGGCAAUAUCAAAACUAGUUUAUCCUGAAAUAGAAACACCAAAGACAAAUGAGGUUGACAAGAUUACUGUUGAAAAGGGGAAAGAAAAAAAUUUGGUUGAAGCAUUGGCAGCUGGUGCAAGCAUGUCGAUUACCCUCAUUGCUAACAUUGCUGUGAAUCUAAUGGCAUUUGUAGCAGUUUUAGCAUUUGUUGAUGCAAUUUUGAUGUGGCUCGGUGGCAUGGUUGGAGUACCUACUUUGUCCUUCAGUUUGAUAGCAUCAUACUUGUGCAUGCCCUUGGCUUACAUAAUGGGUGUUGAGUGGAAUGAUGCUUUUGAAGUAGGCAAAUUACUUGGUAUAAAAACAUUCCUCAAUGAGUUUGUUGCAUACAAGGAAUUAGCAAAGAUGAUUGAAAACAGAGAAAAAGGUUUGGCUGGACCAAAAAUAUCGCCACGUUCAGAAGCAAUAGUAACUUAUGCAUUGUGUGGAUUUGCAAACAUUUCCUCUGUUGGUGUACAGAUAGGUGGGCUAAGUGCUCUUUCUCCCAACCUUGCCCCAAAACUGGCAAAAAUUGCCUUUAGGGCUCUUUUUGCUGGAACAGUUGCCUGUUUCACAACAGCAUGUAUUGCAGGAAUUCUAUAUGAUGCAUCAAUCGAAGGCGUUGUAGUAGCUUCAGGUGCCUCUAAUUCAACAUUGUCGCUCUUAAACAGCACCUUGACUCCAUUCCUAACCACAACAGUUAACACAACUUUCGCAUCUUGAAUACCCAUUAUAUUUUCAGAACUCACAUAACUUGUAUGUAGAUAGCUUUGUAUAUUAGAUUUCAUAAGUUAAAUGUAUUAGGUCCUUCCUUAAUGAAUUUUUCACAAAGGUUUUAAGGGGCUUUCACUCCUUUAGUUUAGUAUGGAUGAUUGAAAGGCUUCUUGAAUACUGUAAUAUCAUUUGAGCAUAAAAUGGGCAAUCAAGUCAAUAAAACAGGUGAAAUACCUCCAUUAGAUGCACUGGUCUUCAUCAUAAACUUUCUACUGCAUACCCUUGUAUGCAUGCUGAAUACCUUGAACCUUAUAUGGUAAAAUUUAUAUUCGAACCUUGUAUUUGUGUCAACAAAGAUGAGAGGAAAAACAUGUUGAUAAAAUCGCUCGCCCAUACGGUAAAUGACUGAAUAAGCCUCCAGGACUCUAGGAACCCAGGGCUAGGAUAAUAGCCAGGAGUUGGUGUCUGCCUUUAGACCAACGUUUUAUCAGUCCCAUGCUCAAGCUCGGAUAACCCACCCAUGGGCUCAAACUGGAUACUUGAUAUCUGUCCUUUACGGCAUUGCCCUGAUAUACUGGCUCUAGAAAUAACUGGAUUUGAAAGUGGGCAAUUUUGGUUGACUUUAUUGUAUUAAGAUAAAGUAAUUCUGCAAUUGUUUCUUACGUCUUCCUCAUUGGCUGUUUCAUAUCGAUUAAACCCAAUAUUUAUUAUACAUGUUGUUUGUAAAUGUGUCUAAAAGUUCCUACUAUUAUUACAGCAUGCGUUGUGCCUUUGGCAUGGAAUUUAUGUAUGAUAAUAUUGCUGUAUUUAAAAAUGUUUUCAUUUAAAUGAUCGCAGUUUUACUUCAUGUCUAAUGAUCAAUUUUCGUCAAGUGCCAAACCAGUUCAAUAAAUCAAUGGCAUGACUGGUGUAAAUUAAGUAAUAGGGUUGAGACCCCCAGAAUUUUAUUGGAUGAGGUGCUUUUAGUGAUCAUUCACACAAUGUUCUUCGCAAGCGAUCGUUUUCUAUUGAAAAUAUUUUCAGCGUAUUUGUAUAUAUAAACAUUUGAUUGAUAUAACCUCAUUGUAAAUUCGUAUUUUCCAUAUUUAUGAGAAUUUCUGGGUGAAAAUGUGCUCAUUGCUCAUUUUUUUU